CUGCCUGCAGACUGAGCUCAGCGACGGAGGAAGACGGACGUGUGCGGUUUCUCGAUCGAUUUUAUUCCCACCUGCUUCCUCUCACUCGCACCCUGCGACCAUUUCGACCAGUUUUCGCCCUCUUUUCUUCGCCAAGUCUGGAAUUAGUUUCCUUUUUCUCUCCAUUCGUUCCACCCACUCGGCGACGCUAAGGUCAAAAUGGCUGUUCGAUUCCCGGAAGAAGAGAAAUUGUACAAAGUCUUGAGCGAACAUGCCAAUUAUGGAGGAGGUCCGAAGAAUUCUGCAAAUUGCGAUGAGAAUGGAGAGGCUUUCCAGCUAGACUUUUUGCAAGAUAAGCCCCUUUUGGCGCAGCGAGUGCAGGAAUACAUGGCCUGGGACAAGAAUCCUCAGACUCUUAAAAGCUUGAGGAAACUGAUUGAUUGCAAAAGUACAGACUCGUUGUCUAAAGUAUUGGAAACUCGGCUCCAGUUUGGAACUGCUGGACUGCGUGGAGUGAUGGGGGCCGGAUUUAAUGCGAUGAACGAUCUCGUGAUAAUUCAAACAACUCAAGGUUUUCUUAAAUAUUUGCAAACACAAUUUAAGGAGGAAGAUUUGCUUACACGAGGAGUUGUUAUUGGCUACGAUGCUCGCCACGGUUCAUUGAGAUUCGCAACAUUAGCUGCAAAUGUUUUUGCAAAACAUGGUACUUUGGUCUAUCUGUACCCUAAAAUUUGUCCCACUCCUUGGGUGCCGUAUGCAGUGACACUGUUUAAGUGUUGUGCUGGAAUUAUGGUGACAGCAUCCCACAAUCCGAAGGACGAUAAUGGAUACAAAGUUUACUGGGAGAAUGGUGCGCAGAUCAUCUCUCCUCAUGACAAAGGAAUCCAAGCAAAGAUUUUAGAAAAUCUUAAACCAUGGGAGGGUGUGUGGGAUGUAGACGCAGAUAGUCUCUUGGGGAGCCAAGCCAUUCUUGAUCCUUACGGUCCUGUUUUUGAUGGCUAUUAUGGAGAUAUCAUUGGCAAGGAAUUUGGGUGUAAUCGCCUUAAGAACGAACUUAGUAAUUUGAAGAUUGCUUACACUCCAAUGCAUGGUGUCGGUUUACACUACAUGCAGCAUGCUUUCCAGUUAGCAGGAUUGAAACCAUUUUAUCCUGUGAAUGAGCAAGCCCAACCUGACCCCGAUUUUCCUACAGUACGUUUUCCAAACCCUGAAGAGGGAAAAAGUGCAUUGAACUUGUCAAUUCAGACAGCUAACAGGGAGGGAUGUACAUUAAUUCUGGCCAAUGAUCCUGACGCUGAUCGGCUAGCAGUUGCCGAAAAAUUGCCAAGCGGAGAAUGGAAAAUCUUUAAUGGCAAUGAAAUUGGUGCACUAUUGGGAUGGUGGUGCUUGGAAAACUGGAAGAGUAAGAAUGGAACAGACUUGAGAUUCGUGUAUAUGAUUGCAAGUACUGUUUCUUCGAAAAUUUUGACGAGAAUGUCAGAUAUCGAGGGAUUUAUGUGCGAUGAAACGUUGACUGGAUUUAAGUGGAUGGGAAAUCUUGCAUAUGAUUUGAAAUUGGUCGGUAGACAUCUUCUGUUUGCAUUUGAAGAGGCAAUUGGCUUCAUGGUGGGAACGACCGUUUUGGACAAGGACGGAAUCAGUGCUGGUCUCCGUGUGGCUGAAAUGGCCGUACAACUUGAGAAAGAUGGAUUAACACUUAACCAACAACUUAUUAAAAUUUACGAAAAAUACGGAUUUCACACGACCCGUAACGGUUACUUUCUUUGUCAUGAGCCGCAAGUCAUUGUGAGCCUCUUUGAUGGUCUUCGCUCAAUGGAGAACGGCGGCUACCCGACCCAACUAGCCAAUGGGAAGUACAAAAUUACAAGAGUGAGAGAUCUAACCACAGGCUUCGACUCUGGUGAAAAGAAUCAGGAGGCAACACUUCCGACAUCGAAAGGAUCUCAAAUGAUAACGUUUUAUUUUGAUAAUGGGCUUGUGGCAACUUUGCGCACCAGCGGGACUGAGCCGAAGAUAAAAUACUAUACCGAGUUGUGUGGCGAGGCUCGACACCGAGAUUGGGACGCCCUAAAGAAUACAUUGAAUGAUAUGGUGGAUACCAUUAUUCGCGACUGGAUUGAGCCCACCAAAUGGGGUCUUCUUCUUCCGCCUACUGAUGAAUAAGAAGUUCAAAGCUCGCAAUCAUCCAAAAAACUUUUAAAAUAGAUUAACAUAAGUAUUUUCAAAAAGUAGUUACCAAAACCAAAUCAACUAUAUACAUUACCUAUUUGAAACUGAAGAGUAUACUUAUUUUAUUGUGUGGUUCCAAUAUAUUAUAACAAAACAAAAUUAUUUUAUCUAGUUACGAUAUCCGGUUGAGCAACAAAUAAAAAACAAAUUUAUUUUCUCUUGAUGGUAAA